CAAAGACACCCCCUCGUUAAUGUUCCAGGCGAACUGCAUGUCAAGUUUAAGCCAGCCGCUACAUGCGCAGAUAAUGUCCCCAUUUCAACACAGACUAACGUUAUUGCUUUGACGAUGGCAUUAAACUGCAGCACGUUUAGACGCCUUAUCUUAGGAGCAAAGACCGCGGCUGAGGCCUGCACAAAGCGGGCAGUUCAACAGACAUGUGGGAGAUACAGAGUGUGUCGAUGGUAUUCUGGUGUCACUCAUGAAGAGAAAAGGCUGGAGCAGGUCGGAGAGCUUGUGGUUCCAGGUAGUCACAGGCGAGUCCUGAAGGAUGUCCUGCCUUUCUCAGCGUUCCUUAUGGACUCCUUUGGACGCAGGCAUAAUUACCUUCGCAUUUCUCUCACUGAGAAAUGUAACCUCCGCUGUCAGUACUGUAUGCCGCAGGAAGGGGUAACGCUCACCCCUCGCGCUCAGCUCCUAACAGCAGAGGAGUUGUUGAUGUUAGCCAGACUCUUUGUACGAGAGGGGGUAAACAAGAUACGACUGACUGGAGGAGAGCCUCUCAUUCGCCCUGACGUUCUGCCUAUAAUAGCGGAACUGAGGAAGUUGGAGGGUCUAAAGACCAUUGCAGUCACCACAAAUGGGAUGAAUUUGACCCGACUGUUGCCCAGUCUAAAGAAAGCUGGAGUGGAUCUACUCAACAUCAGUCUAGACACUCUGGUCCCUGCAAAAUUUGAGUUCAUCGCUAGACGAAAAGGGUUUCAUAAAGUGAUGGAGGGCAUUGAAAAGGCAAUUGAAAUGGGCUACAAUCCAGUCAAGGUGAACUGUGUGGUCAUGAGAGGUCUGAAUGAAGAUGAGUUGAUUGACUUCGUGUCAAUGACGGAGAGGAAACCAUUGGAUGUGAGAUUCAUAGAGUACAUGCCUUUUGAUGGUAACAGAUGGAAUUUCAAGAUGAUGGUGAGCUAUCAGGAGAUGCUGGACUCUAUAAAGCAAAAAUGGCCCAAUCUGGAGCCUGUGCCUGGAGAGGAAAUGAAUACAGCCAAGGCGUUUAGAGUACCAGGAUUUCAGGGCCAGCUGGGCUUCAUUACCUCCAUGUCAGACAAUUUCUGUGGCUCCUGUAACCGCCUGCGCAUCACGGCUGAUGGCAACCUUAAGGUUUGUUUGUUUGGAAAUUCAGAGGUGUCUUUGAAGGAUUUUCUGCGCUCUGGAGCAACUGAAGAGGAACUACUGCACAUCAUAGGGGCAGCGGUCGGGAGGAAGAAGAAACAGCAUGCGGGGAUGUUCAAUAUAUCGCAGAUGAAGAACAGGCCAAUGAUCCUCAUUGGUAGAGAAUGCAAACGGCUGCUGUCAAUACCUCUGUUUAGAGGCAGUCAGAGGCAACCUCUUCCUCUGAUCCACUGCAUGGAUUCAGCAGCCUCUGCUACAACUCACUCAUUAACAAAUUACGUUCAACACUUUUGUGGUAAUGCCCAACAGGACUACAAGAGCACUUUUGUUAAUGAUGCACUAGGUUUAACUCCUCUUUGUAAAAAGCAUAAUCAACCAAGUUUUCGUUCUAUGAAAAGAUUGAGGCUGCACGACUUUGCCUUUGAUUGUUCAGAGGCACUUUGCAGUGAAGUGAAUGCUGGUGCCUUAAAAAAACCCACAGGUUCAAUUGUUCAUACGCACAUUUUGCAUGGGGGGUCCCAGCCACCACAGCUACAAUCCAAAACAUUUCCUCCUAUCCUCUUUCUGAGUGCACAACUGUCAACGUCCAAAUUUAGAGAUUCAGCUCUGCAGUUUGCACGACACUACAGCAGCGAAACACCUGAAUGUGGGUUUGAUUUGAAAACACCACAGUCCUCCAGCCUUGAUGGAACUUCUGAUCAGUUGACCCACACUGAUGCACAUGGUAAAGCCUCCAUGGUCAAUGUGGGUAAGGCAGUAACUUGUCGCACAGCCAUGGCUUGUGGCAAGGUCGUCCUGGGCCCAAAAGCUUUUAAUUUGGUGCGUGCCAACCAGCUUGCCAAGGGCGAUGCACUAGCGGUAGCACAGCUAGCGGGCAUCAUGGGUGCCAAGCAGACCUCAUCUCUCAUUCCCCUCUGCCACCCGCUUCCUCUUGACCACGCCUCCGUUACCAUAGAGCUGCUGGAGGAAGAACAUGCUGUCAUCGUCAAGUCAACCUGCCAAACCACGGGCCGCACAGGAGUGGAGAUGGAGGCCCUGACCGCCGUUGCGGUGGCUACGCUAACCCUCUAUGACAUGUGCAAGUCAGUCAGCCAUGACAUUGUUAUUACUGACAUCAAGUUGCUCAGCAAGACGGGUGGACAGAAAGGUGAAUUUCAUCGGUCACCUGAUUCCUAAAGAACGCAUUAAUUUCACCUGUUUGAAUGUAGCUACAGUAUUUAAUUUUUUUCUUUUUAGAAUGACACCAGUUUUCUGUAACAAAUUGUGCCUUCAGAUGCCUCUAGUUAAUCUUGUCAUUUUUACUAUUCCUCUGUCCAUGCCCAGCAUGAAAUGUGACUUACUCGAGACCUGACAUAUGAAGAAUGCUUUAUUUCAGUCUAGAUUUAUUUUGGUAACGAUAAUGCAGCUAAUGAUACAGCAUUUCGUAAGGUUGUCACAGUUUUCACCAAUUGAGCAAACGUAUAUUUGCUCUGAAAAGUGUUUGCAUAAAUGAGCAAAACCAAGCAGCAAAUGUUUAUCCUUUGAGUGAGCUAUCCCUUUAAAAUAAAACACAACCCAUCUGACAGUGUGCAGGUGUUUUGUAGAGUGCUGCAGGGUUUACACAUUUUGCAGGUCAACAACCAGGGACAAGCAUUUUAGUAUGUCCGUUUUUAUUUGUAAUUUUUUUGGCUAAAGGACUGCAAAGUAUUCUAACUUUUUUUUU